CCCCCUUUCCCCCCCCCCCCAUUUUCAGUUCCCUGCGGCCGCUCUGGGAAGGGAUCAAAGGUCACGGAAUGGAGCGGGAACGGCUCCGGGCACUGGUGAUACUGGGAGUUCUGUCUCUGGCCAGAGGGGACCCCCCCGAUGCCUCCAGUCCCUUCCAGUAUGACUGGUGUCACCUGCGCGUCGGUGGCCUCGUGGUGGCCGCGGUGCUGAGCGUGCUGGGGGUCGUCAUCCUGCUCAGUGGGAAGUGCAAGUGCCGGAGCAAGGCCAGCCGCCGCCGCCCCCCCCCCGGAGCUGUCACCUCUGGCUGGGACAGGAGCCUGAGCUGUCCCCAGGUGUCCCUAAAUGUCCCCGACAGGUGACACCGGACAGGGGGAGGGACCGGGUUUGUUUCCCCCAAAAUGUCCCCGAAUGUCCCCGAGAAAGGCGAGGAAUAAAAAUGGGUGAAAAAAACGGAUUUUGGUCACU